AUGAACAACUUAAGAAACCUUACUAGGAAUUUACAGCUGAGAAAUCUACAUCUCCGCCCCAGACCCAGAAAAUUCCAAUUCAAUCCCCAGCUCAAGAGUCUUACCAUCGGACAGACUGACUUGUCAGAUUUGCUUCCUGAACUGUUUGAGCCAAUACCAAACCUUCAGGUUCUCGAUCUCUCUGAGUGUCAGAUCAAGUCUUUGGAUUUUUUGACCCAGGUCAACCUGCCUGCACUUAGAUGUUUGAAACUGAGGGACAAUGAGAUUACAGUGAUCAACGAGACAAUCUUCCAGUCCCUCCCUGCACUAACAUACCUGGACCUGGAAAACAAUCCUUUCACCUGUGACUGCUCUAACGCCGGCUUUAUCCAAUGGGUGAGGAGCAACAACCAAACUCAGGUUGUUAAUGGCCAUCAGUAUACGUGUUCCUUUCCUGUGGCUGAACAGGGAAACAAGUUGCUGGACUUUGACAUCCAGUCCUGUUGGAUGGACGUGAGCUUCCUCUGCUUCAUUUCCAGCUGUUGCAUAACUUUGGUGACACUCCUCACAUCGUUCAUCUACCACUUUCUGAGGUGGCAGAUAGCUUACACCUUCCACCUCUUCCUCGCAUUCCUGUAUGAAAGCAGGAGGAGGAAGAAGGGAGCUCCUAAUCAAUACGACGCCUUCAUUUCCUACAACAUUCACGACGAGGCCUGGAUUUGCAGAGAGAUGCUGCCGGUGCUGGAAGGAGAGCAGGGCUGGAAACUGUGUCUGCACCACAGAGACUUCCAACCAGGGAAGCCGAUCAUAGAGAACAUUACAGACGCCAUCUAUGGCAGCAGGAAGACCAUCUGUGUGAUCACCAGGCGCUACCUGCAGAGCGAGUGGUGCUCCAGAGAGAUCCAGAUGGCCAGCUUCCGUCUGUUGGACGAGCAGAAGGACGUGCUGAUUCUGAUUUUUCUUGAGGACAUCCCGGCCCACCAGCUGUCUCCAUACUACCGCAUGAGAAAGCUGCUGAAGAAACGCAGCUACCUGAGCUGGCCGCAGGCCGGACAACACACCGGAGUCUUCUGGCAGAACGUGAGGAGAGCUCUGGAGGCGGGGGGCGCUGCCACUGAGACCACCCACCUGCUCACUGGACCAGCAGCACGCUGACCAUCUGGACCCGGGAGGUCACUGACAGGUCACCCUAAUAGACUAUGCAACUUUAGCACACACUGCAUCGCAUCAGCUUGUAUCACAAUGUCAGGUUGUUAUUGUAGCUGUCACAUGGCAGAGGAUUUUAUCUGGUUCAUUAGCAGUGCAUGGUUUUUAGUGUGUUUUUAUACUUUACCUUUUGGUUUGAUUUUAUGGCACGCUUUUAUUUUAAAGUCUAACAUGUUUUAGUUUCACAUGUAUUACCUUUUAUGGCCUGCUUUUAUUUUUGAAAUAUAUAAUGCUAUGUGAUUUUAUUGUAAUAACCAUAAGCCUUGUUGAUCACCUAAAAAUGCCAAUAUUCACGGACACCUGGGAGCCAAGAUUAGCAUGGGAGGGAAUGGCUUUUAAGCAGACACACGGCAGACACCAGCCGACACAGGGAGGAAAAAGAAGAAGGACAGGGAGGAAGGAGGAGGAUAAAGAGGAGGACAGGCGAACAAGGGCAGAGUCAGGAGAGGAUGAAGGCAAAAUAAACCCACACGUGGAACCAAUAUUUUUGCUUAAUUUAUAUUGUAGGCUAUGUUGGAGUCAGUGUUUUAGAAGAGAUUUUAGUAGAGAUACAUUAUUAUUUAUACUUAAUAUGAUUGUGAAGCUCCUUGAUGCCAGGGUUGCUCUCCAUGUGAUUAAAAUAAUCCUUUGCUUAUUACAUAGCCAGAUUACCGUAUGUAUAUGUAUACUGAAGAUAAUAAAAGGUGUGAUUCCUCUUGAUUACAUUUAACCGUGUGCCUCUCAGAUGUUUCAAUACAUUCUGUUAACAGAGCUUUGAAUUGAGGUGCACAGAACUUGUGUGUUGGAUCAGAUGUGUAGUGAUGAGGUUCCAUCAUUUAGUUUAAGACAAGGUAAGAUCAAAUAAUUAUUUUGUGAUGAGGUUGUUCCAGCAGCAGCACAACAGCAAUAUCGAGAAUGUCAAUAAAUACAUAAAAUAAGUAUACAACAUCUAGGAAUAGGAAUCAAAGUAGAAAUAUACACUAUAAGAGCAAAUAGUAUAGCAAAAUUGCAUAGCAUCUGAACCUCCAUAAACCUAUAAAGUACCUAAAAUGUGUUCAACUGAAACCCUGAAACUGUUACCAGAUUUCAGUGCCCCCCCAUACAUGUCUCAUAUGGCCACAGAUGGGGCCACUGUGAACCUUUAUGAUAUUAAUCAAGGCUAAGACUAUAUUUUACGAAUGUCAGGUGUUCUAUUUUGUGGUAUAGAGGCUAAUAUCAAUAUGAGUUAUGAAUAUGAUAAUAGAGUAAAUGCAUCACUGAUAUACUUUAGGUUCUUAUUGUAUGCUUAAUGUUACGAAUACUGUACUGUGAUGUGCAUAUCAUAAAACCUUUGCAUAUAACGUCCUGUAUUAAUAUGUACUGUAUUAUGUAAAUGUA